CCUCUCUCCUCUCUCUUCUUUCACACAUACUUUUCUACGUCUAUGUCCGUACGACGCGAUUUCUUCUUUACUUCUUCUUCCUUUAUCUUUAUUUAUGAGUAAACACUUUUUUGUCCCUUUCCCAUCUCAAAAUUUUCUCUGGUUUUCUUGACAGAGGGAUAGGAGAGAGAGAGAGAGAGAGAGAGAGUCUUCUUACUUACUCUUAUGAUUUUUCCUUAAUUUUCCAGAAAAAUCUCUCUUCCUCCUGGUAGUUAUAUAGAUCUGUGUUCAUACCUACCUCUUACUCCACAUCUCAUUUACACACACUGUCCCAAAACACAGUUUAUGUCUCUUUUCAGAUUUCAUUGUUCAUAUAAUCUAGCUUCUCAAUUUUAGUUUUCCUAUUAGAAGAUCCUUUAAAAAGUCGUUUAAGUACAUUCUUGGGUUCAAGUACUCUGAUCAAAAGUAAUCAUUUUUUUUUUGCUUAUUUCCAUUUGUGUGUUUCCACAAACAUUCCCUAAAAAAAAGUUCCAAUCUUUCUGCUACUUUUCUCUCUCCUAAGACAUGAAUUGUCUGUUCUUGUUCAAAUCAAAGAAACCCAAACCCACAAACCAACAAAAAGACAAAAGAAAAGGAAAAGAAAUAGCACAAAACUCAGCUCCUGAGCUGAGGAACCAGAGCGAAACGUCGUCGUUUAAUCUCCAGACGCCGAGAUCUUUGCCUUCUCCUCGAAGUAUCAGAGACUUGUAUACAGAUAGAGAAAAGAAUCUUAGGGUUUUCACUUACCAGGAACUCAGUGAAGCCACUUAUGGGUUUAACAGAAAGCUUAAGAUCGGCGAAGGUGGAUUCGGUAGUGUUUACAAAGGAAAGAUUCCCACCACAAAAGAUUCUGAUUCUGAUUCUCCACUUGUCGUCGCCAUCAAGAAACUCAAUCGUCAAGGAUUACAGGGUCACAAGCAAUGGCUAGCAGAGGUUCAGUUUCUAGGAGUAGUGAAUCAUCAGAACGUUGUGAAGCUAUUAGGUUAUUGCUCAGAAGAUGGAGAGACUGGGAUCGAGAGGCUUUUGGUUUACGAGUUCAUGUCGAAUCGAAGCUUAGAGGAUCAUCUGUUCACCCGUGGAUCACGUAUAUUACCAUGGAAACAAAGGCUUGAGAUCAUGCUUGGUGCAGCUCAAGGAUUGGCUUAUUUACAUGAAGUUAAGGUGAUAUACCGAGACUUCAAAACCUCUAAUGUGCUCUUAAAUGAUGAAUUUUGUCCGAAAUUAUCGGACUUUGGGCUUGCAAGAGAAGGACCUCAGGGCGACAAUACUCACGUCACAACUGCAAGAGUUGGAACACAAGGUUAUGCAGCUCCUGAGUACGUGCAAACAGGCCAUCUUCGCUUAAAGAGUGAUGUAUAUAGCUUCGGUGUUGUUCUUUACGAGAUCAUUACAGGACGCCGAACCAUUGAGAGGAACAAGCCAGUAGCUGAACGAAAGCUAUUAGAUUGGGUGAAAGAGUAUCCUGCUGAUAGUCAGCGCUUCAGCAUGAUCGUUGACCCUCGGCUACGCAACAAUUAUCCAAUUGCUGCAGCUAGGAGUUUGGCUAAACUGGCUGAUCUUUGUUUGAAAAAGAACGAUAAAGAUCGACCCGCAAUGGAGAUUGUCGUGGAAAGAUUGAAGAAGAUUAUCGAAGAAUCUGCUGCUGGAAGUAAGGAAAGUACAAGUCAGGUAAGAAGCAAGAGUCGGGUCGCUGGACCUGUGAAGGGGAGUUUGAGAGGAGGAGUUAGUGUUAGAGGAUGAGUUUUGAGUUUAGAAGACCUUUUUUGUGCAGGUUUAGUAUAUAUAAAUAAGUGUUAUGGUUUAUGUAUUACUGUGGGAUGAGUAGAAGAAAAAAAUCAGUAGCUUAUUAUGUGUUUAUAAAAGAGAUUUAAUACCAGCGAAUGGCAGAGAAGGGUGCGUGUGUUUUUGCUGUUGAUGGUGUAUGCGAUAGACUGUAGACACGACAAUUUCGACGAUUAACGUUUUGAAAUUCGUUGUUCAAAUGUGUUGCACGUACUGUAUAUAUAACAAGUAACGAUCAAACGUGGCUUAUUGCUGAAAUGUGAAUUUCUGUGAA